AUGAACAGAUUCCACCUUAGAAAUUCCUCAAAAUAUUCCAAACCCAGAUUACCCUUAAGCAUGGAUGCUGAAAAAAAUGGAAAUUCCGAAGCCUCAAGCGACGAAAACGAUCAGCCAGAGAAAUUCAGUGACGAUAACACCGGCAUCGGCCGGUCCUACGAGUGUACUUUCUGCAAGAGAGGCUUCACCAACGCUCAGGCCUUAGGAGGCCACAUGAACAUGCACAGGAAAGAUAAAGCCAAGGGCAAGAAACAACACACUCGUGACUCUUCUUUUUCGAAGAAAUUCAAUGAAGACUCCAUGCUUUCUGGUUAUGUUCCACCAAUUUCAGGCGACCAUGGAAGUUACUUCACAGCUUUUGGAGGGCAGAUGAAUUGUCCUUUGUACUUUCCUCCAUCAAACCCAACCUACCAACAAGUAUACCAUGGAAAUAACUUGGCUGUUCCAAGAUCGAAGCAAUUGAAAUUCAAUGAAGAGAUUGUGGGUGCAAACUUGAGCCUUCGUAUUGGUCCCCCGCACACGGGAGAUUGGAAAAGGAAGAAGAGAGAUGGCAAAGAAGAUGGUGUUGAAAAUGAAGUGGAUUUGGAGCUUCGACUCGGUCAUGACCCAUAA